AUGGCUUCGGAGCAGCUGGCAUCGGCCGUAUCCUGUGAGGCCAAGUGUCCCCAGCCCCUGGCUGCCAGCAGCAACGAGCCCUGUGUGGUGGCCUGCCCCGACUCGCGGGUGAUCAUCUUCCCGCCGCCYGUCGUGGUCACCUUCCCAGGGCCCAUCCUCACCACCUGUCCACAGCAGACGGUGGUGGGAAGCUCAGAGUCACCCGAGGUGGCACUGACCGAGCCCCUGGCUGCAGCACCUCUGGCCACUGAGGUGGCCGGGCAGCUGGAGGCAGCUGCCGAGAAACUUGCCCCCCAGGUGCUCUCUCGACCGGAGCCACGAUACGUCCCCAAGUACUCCUACACCUACUCUUCCCAAUGGACGCAUCCAUGCAACUCAUACCGCUCCGGGAAACGGUGGACGUACUGA